AUAUUCUAUCGAUGUACAAAACUUUGUGAAAAGUUGGUAUAGAAAUUCAAUAUUUGAAGUCUCAGAUCAAAAUUUUACAUUCAAAAACAUUUUAUAAAUUUUAAUCUGAUAUUUUUUGUCCAUAACUGCCAUUUAACUUCAAUAUCAAUAAAAAUAUUUUCUGUUUUUAUGCUUGUAAUUUACUACUUUACUCUAAUUAUUAUUUUGAAAAUAAUUUUGAACAAUUGCAUUGAAAAUUUUUAUCAAAAAAUCAGAAAUAGGCAAAACUGUUUAUAUUUAUCGAUACAAUACUUUUUGUAGCUUAUAACGUCGAUAGUUUGUAAACUUCCUUUGACAAAAGCAAGCUGCAAAGAUGGUGAACGUUCCGAAGUCCAAGCGGACUUUCUGCAGGAGCUGUAAAGCUCACAAGGUCUUCAAAGUAGCCCAGUACAAAAAGUCUAAGGAGAGGCCCGCCUCCCAGGGUCGUCGUCGUUACGACAAGAAGCAGGCCGGAUUCGGUGGCCAGACCAAGCCCAUCUUCAGGAAGAAGGCCAAGACUACCAAGAAGAUCGUGCUGCGUAUGGAAUGCACCGCCUGCAAGCAUAAGCGCCAGGUUCCCAUCAAGCGGUGCAAGCACUUCGAGCUGGGAGGAGACAAGAGAAGGAAGGGAGUGAUGAUCCAGUUCUAAGCCGCGAAAGAAAUGCCCACAUUAUCUUGUCAAUAAAAUCUCGCUCGAAGA